ACAAUACCGUUCGAUCAUAUCAUUUGAGGAGACCGUACAGGCCCAAACGAGGAGGAAGAGAAAUGUGAACUACGAAUUGUUCAAUCUUUCAUAAUCAAACCAUAGAAACAAUUCAAAAUGCCUCCUCGCAAAUUCAACUUAAAUAGCAGGGUACUAUUCCUAUUCCUAUUCCUAUUCAUUCCUCUCCUCUCCAAUCCAAUCCCCUCCCUCCCAGCGACUCCAUAGCUCAACCAGCUAACAACCCCUCCUUUCAGACUGUAACGGCCCCUCUAGCAGCCGCAACCAUGGCGUUACUCCUGUACACAUAUGCUCGUAUCUCCAUUAGAGCAGCAAAGCAAAAUGCGCAGAAACAUCGCGAAGCAGACGGCGGCCAAAUAAAUUGGGCCAACGAAAGUUUGAGACGUCAUGGUCAGUUAGAUGUGCCGCAAGAGCAAAAAACCGUGAAACAAUUAUUAGGCACGGCGAAGGAUAAUUUGGAGCAAUUGAAGACAAAGGGAGAUGCGCCUGAGAGUCACGAGGUGGAGAGAAAAUUGAGGGAGAGGGCAGCCAAAGGAAGAGAAGGUGGUCUUGCUGGAAAGGCAGAGUGACAUCAAAUGGGGAUGAUGAUAAAAAUUGAAGGCGUGUUUUUAGGAUUAUAUGGUCAGAUGCCAAGCUACGCAUAAGUUUGUCUUUCGAGGUUGCAUAUAGGAGUUCCGGGGCUAUCUACAAAAUUGUAUAUUUAGGUCAAGGUGAAAUAUAAAACAA